CUGCCCUUGCAUGCAGUCCAAACUCGCUUAUUGUGGUGUUUUCACCGUAUCGUCUAUUAUUAUACUUGAUUCGGUCGCUGAUUUGGUCCUUGUCUUAAUUCUAGAUACCCCAUUUCCAAGUCUUUCCCUUUUCCGCCAAUUCAAAAUGCGCGCCUCCGUCAUCAUCCUCGGCUUCCUCGCCACACUCACCGUCGCUCUCCCCGAAGCAUACCCUAAGGCCGCAGUCGCGUGCCAGUCUGACACCAUGGCUUGCACGGCUGCUAACUGUGCCUACGAGGGAUGCUGCUGUGAGGGGCUUACUUGCGCAUCCAAUGGUACUUGCACGCCGCUAUAAGAAGUUUUGUCUGGAGUUACAAUAUGAUAAAAGGAGGGAUGGGCCUACCCGAUCAACCAUGAUGCCUUUUUGAGUUGGCAGAAUACAACAUGGACAUGGGAACACCAUCCCUGGCCCUAUGCUCAAUGCCUUCACUUGUACUUAUCUAUCUUGUUAUUGGUAUAUAAUUCUGGAAUAUCACGAAUUCUCAAUCCUUGUA